CCAACUGAGCCACCCAGGUGCCCUUAGAAUUCCGAUUUUUUUAAUGGUUACUUUUUAAAUAGCACCUAGUUACGAGAAUUGGGACAAAUCUCCAUCUUCUGGAAAGCUAGUACUUGGUUUGGAAGCUGGGGAUGGGGUGAUGGAGAAGAAGCAAGGAGACAGGGCCUCUGUAACUGACCCCUGAGGGAGCAGCAGAACUGAUGUCAGGCCUAAGGGGGGGUGAAGCAGUAGGCUCCCGCUCGUCCCAGCUUCUGCAUCUGCCUCCCCACUGGAUGGCUCUGCCUUGUCUUCUGCUCCCCCUCCAUCCCCAACCACCGCCAGUUCGGCUGAGGGACUGCAGGCUUCCCUUACCUUGGCAAGGCCCAGGUGUGUGUGAGCACUGGAGAGGGAGUCCCAGAUGAGAGCCCGAGGGUGCCUUGGGAUGACUCUCACCUGAGGCUAGUGUUCCUGUGAAGCCUCAGCCAUCUCACGUGUAAGUACACCAGUGGGAGCCCCAGGUGCCUCCCCAGCACGUGAGAGGCCCAGGAAUGUCCUCUGAGAGUGCCUGCGUGUCACCUGUGUGUGCCUCGACGCCAGGGAGACCUCUGGUGUUACUAUCACAGACCUGAGGCUGAGACUCGGAGUAGAAGAUGUACGUCUGAGAGACCCUUAUGUGACUUCUGCGUGUGCAUGGGAGCUUGAAAUGACAGAAAUGGGAGCUCCACAGGUGAAUUACAGUAGUCUUCCGAGGAGAAGGGGACGAGUCUGUUACCAUAAUACUUGAGUUUCUGGCAUAAGCUCUGGGUCUGUGCCUGAGUGUGGGGCUGUUGCCUGGGUCCACCUGAGAAUGUUGCUCAGGGAUGUUACUAAUGGAGGCUCCAGAGGAAGCUCAUGCGUCAGGUUACUGAGAUGGAUCCCCGAGGGUGAGUGCAGCUCCAGUGGUACUUCUGGCGGGGCUGUGGGGGGCCCGGAUCCCCCACCAGGCUUCUGCCUCUGAGGCGCAGCCCCAGCUGACCCUCCCUCCCUUCCUCUAUUUUCCUAGGGCCCACGGCCCCCCGCCGCGCCCAGGCCCAGAGGCCAUGGCCUGCCUCCAUGAGACCCGCACACCCUCUCCCUCCUUCGGGGGUUUCGUGUCCACCCUGAGCGAGGCGUCGAUGCGCAAGCUCGACCCGGACACUUCCGACUGCACCCCGGAGAAGGACCUGACGCCCACCCAGUGUGUACUCCGAGAUGUGGUGCCGCUGGGCGGGCAGGGCGGGGGCGGGCCGAGCCCCUCUCCCGGGGGAGAGCCGCCCCCUGAGCCUUUCGCCAAUAGUGUCCUGCAGCUCCACGAGCAGGAUGCAGGGGGCCCCGGGGGAGCCACGGGGUCACCUGAGAGUCGGGCAUCCAGGGUCCGAGCUGACGAGGUGCGGCUGCAGUGCCAGAGCGGCAGCGGCUUUCUGGAAGGGCUCUUCGGCUGCCUGCGACCUGUCUGGACCAUGAUCGGCAAAGCCUACUCCACAGAGCACAAGCAGCAGCAGGAAGACCUGUGGGAGGUCCCCUUUGAGGAGAUCCUGGACCUGCAGUGGGUGGGCUCGGGGGCCCAGGGCGCGGUGUUCCUGGGACGCUUCCAUGGGGAGGAGGUGGCUGUAAAGAAGGUACGGGACCUGAAGGAGACGGACAUCAAGCACCUGCGGAAGCUGAAGCACCCCAACAUCAUCACCUUCAAGGGCGUAUGCACCCAGGCUCCCUGCUACUGCAUCCUCAUGGAGUUCUGCGCCCAGGGCCAGCUGUACGAGGUACUGCGGGCUGGCCGCCCUGUCACCCCCUCAUUGCUGGUUGACUGGUCCAUGGGCAUCGCCGGUGGCAUGAACUACCUGCACCUGCACAAGAUUAUCCAUAGAGACCUCAAGUCCCCCAACAUGCUAAUCACGUACGACGAUGUGGUGAAGAUCUCCGAUUUUGGCACUUCCAAGGAGCUGAGUGACAAGAGCACCAAGAUGUCCUUUGCAGGGACAGUAGCCUGGAUGGCCCCUGAAGUGAUCCGCAAUGAGCCUGUGUCCGAGAAGGUCGACAUCUGGUCCUUUGGCGUGGUGCUAUGGGAACUGCUGACUGGUGAGAUCCCCUACAAAGACGUAGAUUCCUCAGCCAUCAUCUGGGGCGUGGGAAGCAACAGUCUCCAUCUGCCUGUGCCCUCCAGCUGCCCAGACGGCUUCAAAAUCCUGCUUCGCCAGUGUUGGAACAGCAAACCAAGAAAUCGUCCAUCGUUCCGCCAGAUCCUGUUGCACCUGGACAUCGCCUCAGCCGACGUCCUGUCCACACCCCAGGAGACUUACUUUAAGUCCCAGGCAGAGUGGCGCGAAGAGGUAAAGCUGCACUUUGAAAAAAUUAAGUCAGAAGGGACCUGUCUGCACCGCCUAGAAGAGGAGCUGGUGAUGCGGAGGAGGGAGGAGCUCAGACAUGCCUUGGACAUCCGGGAGCACUACGAACGGAAGCUGGAGAGAGCCAACAACCUGUACAUGGAGCUUAAUGCCCUCAUGUUGCAGCUGGAGCUCAAGGAGCGGGAGCUGCUCAGGAGGGAACAAGCUUUAGAGCGGAGAUGCCCAGGUCUGCUUAAGUCACACCCUUCCCGAGGCCUCCUGCAUGGGAACACUAUGGAGAAGCUCAUCAAGAAGAGGAACGUCCCACAGAAACUGUCACCCCACAGUAAAAGGCCAGAUAUCCUCAAGACUGAAUCUUUGCUACCUAAACUUGAUGCUGCCCUGAGUGGGGUGGGGCUUCCUGGGUGUCCUAAGGGCCCCCCCUCACCAGGACGGAGUCGUCGUGGCAAGACUCGUCACCGCAAGGCCAGCGCCAAGGGCAGCUGUGGAGACCUGCCUGGGCUUCGUGCAGCUUUGCCACCCCAUGAACCUGGGGGACCAGGAAGCCCAGGGGGGCUAGGAGGGGGACCCUCAGCCUGGGAGGCCUGUCCUCCAGCCCUGCGUGGGCUCCACCAUGACCUCCUGCUCCGAAAGAUGUCUUCAUCAUCCCCGGAUCUGCUGUCGGCAGCACUGGGAGCCCGGGGCCGAGGGGCCACAGGGGGAGCUGGGGAUCCUGGCUCACCACCUCCAGCUCGGGGAGAUACCCCUCCAAGUGAGGGCUCUGCACCAGGCUCCACCAGCCCAGAUUCACCUGGGGGAGCCAAAGGGGAGCCACCUCCACCAGUAGGGCCUGGUGACGUUGUGGGGCUGCUGGGAACUGGAAGGGAAGGGACGGCGGGACGGGGAGGAAGCCGGGCUGGGUCCCAGCACUUGACCCCAGCUGCACUGCUGUACAGGGCUGCUGUCACCCGGAGCCAGAAACGUGGCAUCUCAUCGGAGGAAGAGGAAGGAGAGGUAGACAGUGAAGUAGAGCUGCCAUCAAGCCAGAGGUGGCCUCAAGGCAUGAACAUGCGCCAGUCACUGUCCACCUUCAGCUCAGAGAAUCCAUCUGAUGGGGAGGAGGGCACAGCCAGUGAGCCCUCCCCCAGUGGCACACCUGAAGUUGGCAGUACGAACACCGACGAGCGGCCAGAUGAGCGGUCUGAUGACAUGUGUUCCCAGGGCUCAGAAAUCCCACUGGACCCACCUGCAUCAGAGGUGGUUCCUGGCCCCGAACCCAGCUCCCGACCCAUCCCACACCAGGACCUACCCAGAGGGGAGCAGGGCCCUCCCACUAAUGAGGACUCAGACUGUGACAGCACUGAACUGGACAACUCCAACAGUGGUGAAGCCUUGCAGCCUCCAGCCUCCCUCCCUCCAUGAAAGCCACUCUGAUUCCUGUACAUAGAAAAGUUAUUUAUAUAAAUAAUAUAUAAGCACCACAUAAUCAACAGAGAAAGAUGGGGCUGUCCCAGCCUUAAGUCAGGCUCAAGGGAGUCUGACCCCUGACCAAUUCACCUGAUGAAACUCUAGGGCUACUGGCAGCUGUGGAAAUGAAGGACAAGUACUACCCUAGAGCUGUGGGUACGGGCAGACUGGCCCCUUCCUGCUUCACCCCAUUAUGUUCAGCGAGCGGUAAGGCAAUAGAAAAGCCAGACUUGCCUCUUACGUUCCUCUAUACUCUUUUCCCCCAACCCUGGGGAGGAGGAAAGGGAGCCACUUAGACUGCACUUUUUUGUUUUCCGUUUACUCUGUUUACACAUUUUGCACUUGGGAGGAGGGAGGCGAAGGCUGGGUCCUCCCCUCUGAGGUUUCUCAGGUGGCAAUGUAACUAAUUUCUUUGUCCCUCCGUUUCUCUGCCCAAGCCCUGGCUUAGGGCCGAGAGGGAGAUUAGGAGAUUGUGAAAGCAUGUGAUGGCUCAGGCUGAAGGAAGGGGAUGAUGUUUUAAGUCCCUGCUUUUAUCCUGGUGCCUGAUUGGGGUGGGGACUGUCAUAUUGUAACCCCUGUGAAAAAUCUUAAAAUAUAGCCACUCCACGCAGGCCCA